AUGGCCAAAACAUACCUGAAACCCAAAGAGAUGGUGGAACUGGCCAGCACCCCAUCCUGGAUGGACAAAGCCCUGAACUCCCAGGAUGAGAUAAAGGAGGAUGAUGAAAGACAAGACAGCUAUAGGAUGCUGAGUAGCUUGACUGAAGAGCAUGACAGCAUUGAAGAAGAAGAGGAAGAGGAAGAAGAAGAGGAGAAUGGGGAGAAGCCCAAGAGGAGGGGCCCAAAGAAGAAGAAGAUGACCAAAGCACGAAUGGAAAGAUUCAGGGCCCGAAGGGUGAAAGCUAAUGCCAGGGAGCGGACUCGGAUGCAUGGCUUGAAUGAUGCUUUGGAUAACCUAAGGAGGGUCAUGCCAUGCUAUUCCAAAACUCAAAAGCUCUCCAAGAUUGAGACCCUAAGAUUGGCCAGAAACUACAUUUGGGCAUUGUCUGAGGUACUAGAGACUGGCCAGACACCGGAAGGGAAGGGUUUUGUGGACAUGCUUUGUAAAGGGCUUUCCCAGCCUACCAGUAACCUGGUGGCUGGAUGUCUUCAACUGGGGCCACAGUCUCUCUUCCUGGAGAAGCGUGAGGAAAAAACUGCUAUUCAUGAUUCCACCAUCCCAAGUCACAGUUUCAGCUAUCAAUCUCCAGGGCUCCCUAGCCCACCUUAUGGCCACAUGGAGACACAUCUUCUCCACCUUAAGCCACCUACAUUCAAGAGUUUGGUGGAGUCAUCCUUUGGCAGUCACCCACCUGACUGUACCACCCCACCUUAUGAAGGUCCCCUUACUCCACCCUUGAGUAUUAGUGGCAACUUCUCCUUAAAGCAAGAUGGCUCUCCAGACCUAGAUAAAUCAUAUAGCUUCAUGCCUCACUACUCCACUGUAAGUCUGAGUGGGGGACAUGGGCACUCAACUCAUUUUCAGACAGCUACCCCUCGAUAUGAGAUACCUAUUGACAUGUCCUAUGACCCCUAUCCACAUCAUGGAGUUGGGGCCCAACUCAAUGCUAUAUUCAAUGAUUAAUUGAUAUGACACCUGCCCUACAACCUCCAAGAAGUUCAGGAAUGAUGUUAUAUUUCUUUGUGCUUGCAGGAGGUUCAUUAGCUUCAAAGUUGUCAUCUUUCAACAACUCAGAUCAUGUAAUACGUGGUCCUAAUUCUUUGGGGCAUCUCUAUUCUCUAAGACUUCCCCUCCCAACUAUCCAUUUCAAUCAACCCUUGACAGUGUGUUGAUCUACUGAUUUACCUGUAGCUGAUAGAAGGCCCUUUGUGCUUUUUUUCCUCAGGAUUUGGUGGGAAAUUUCUGCAAAAUUACUAGACCCAGGACAAGACAAGCAAUAAAAUAAGAUAAAUUAAGAUCAUGAAUGGAAUAACCAAAGGAAGCUACCAAUUUGGUGUGACAGAAGUUGCUUCUGAUUAUUAAAGAGAUUAAAACUUUGGGUUGGACAUAAACCUCACAAAUAUUUUCUUUCUUAGCUGUCUCCAAGGACAUUUGUGAUAAAUAGGAGCCUCAUAUUAUCUGUCCCUCUGGAGAACCUGGAAAGGAUGUGU